AUUUUCACGAGGGGAUUGGAUAUGUUUUUGCAAAUGGAGGAGUGGGGGUGGGAUAGUGUUGGAAGAAGUGGUCGCCACUGAUAGGUACUUCCAGAGCGUUGGCACGGGCGCGAUGGGCCGAACGGCCUCGGACGGCCCGGGUUGUACGUUUCAACAGUUAAUGGUCUGAGUGUUUUGUGCAGUAAUCUUUCAUGUAAGCGCCGCCUAGUUGAUCUCACCUAUAACGCGGGGAGGUGUAGCAGACACCCAGUCUCGGCGCUGUCGAUCACAAGCCGGAAUCACGCAGCGAUCUUAGCUCUUUUAUUUAAUGAAAAAAAUAUCAUCGGGGCCGUAUAAACUGCAGCAUUUAAAACCCAGUUUAAAGCUCCAGGCAACGAAAAAGAAAGGAAACGAGAGGGAAGACAUUUCGAGGAGGCCGGAGUUUGUGUGUAUGUGCGUCUCGGAGUAAAGUUUAUUUACCCGGUCUUUCAUUCAAAUGGUCACAGUCGAUCGGUGGGCAGCGAGUUCGAAACUGCAGCGAAUCCUUGCCAAGAUUUCCAAAUCAAAAAAAAAAUCUGACCUGCGGCGACUCUCCGCCAGAAAGUAAACCUUUAACAGUCGUUAUGCGCCUACUAGCGAGCAGCGUGGAAGAUCAUUCUGGAAGCACGACUGCUUGAUGCCUGAGUAAAUGUUGGCAGCUUGUACCUUCACUUUGCCUUGCUGUCUCUAUCUCCCAGCUAUACGACACACGUCACAAUGCCCACACAGAGAGGCUGUGGCACUGGAGGGCACCUCUUCCUGGCCUUGAUCCUCGGAGUUACCCUGUGCCUGACAACGCAUGGCUUGGAUUACGACAAUACUCCCAGAUGGACAACAUGGAUACAAGAUUUACGUGAUUAUACACAAUUCAGGCAAACCGUGUCGAACUCCACCACAUUCUGGCUUGAGGAGCAGCAGAAGGUCCUUUACGUUGGAGCAAGAAAUGCCAUUUUUGCCCUGAAUACAAACAACAUCAAUGACCAGUCCAUGAAAAUGAUACGAUGGGAAGCUAUACCCGCGAAAACAAAGGAUUGUCUAAAUAAGCAUGGGCAGGGAUUUGAGAACUGUCACAACUAUAUCCGUUUCCUGAGAAGAUUCAACGGAACACAUUUGUAUGCCUGUGGAACGUAUGCCUUCCUUCCUCAUUGUGCCUACGUUGAUAUUAAGCGCUUCACUCUCUCAGCUCCCUUUGAGGGGAAAGACAGUUGUCCUUAUGAUCCCACGGUUGGAUACACUGGCGUUGUUGCUGACAAUAAAAUCUACACUGCCACACUCUAUGGGUUUCAAGGUAGACAGGCUGACAUAAAAAAGAGCUUCGAUGGACGCUUGCUCAAGAUGGACGAUUCUGUUCUCUGGAAGGCACCAAACUUUAUUGACUCGAUGUUGUUGAGGGAGAGCGUCCAAAGUUCCGUGGGCGACGAUGACAAGAUUUACGUAUUCUUCACGGAGAAGCUGGGGGAUGAGAAUGCAUUUAACGGAAAGCCACUGGUGAGCCUGGUGGCUCGUGUCUGCAAGAAUGACGAGGGCGGAUCGAGAACGCUACAGAAGAGGUGGACAUCUUUUCUAAAGACCCGCAUUGUGUGCUCCAUCCCAGAGUAUGACUUCCAUUUCAACAUCCUGAAGAGUAUCUUUGUGUUUAACCAAAAGACCUGGCAGAACACCAUCAUUUACGGAGUGUUUGGAUCGCAGUGGCAAAACGUACAAAUCUCCGCCGUCUGCCAGUACACCAUCGCGGACAUCCGAAAGGCGUUUGAAGGGCCGUACAAAGAAGUCCAGGAGUCUGCCCGCUGGUGGGCAAGGUACACCGGUGCUGUUCCAACGCCACGCCCAGGAUCGUGCAUCACAGAUGCGUUCAAGAAAGCGGGCGUCAAGACGUCCCGCGAUCUGCCGGACGACGUGCUGGAAUUUGUGAAGAAGCGCACGCUGAUGGACGAAGAGGUCAGACCCGUGGGCGGCCGGCCGCUCGUUACCAAGAAGCUCGUCAGCUACACCAAGAUGGUGGUGGACACAGUCACGGCACUGGACGAUAAACAAUACCGCGUGAUGUUCAUCGGAACAGCUGACGGUUGGAUCCAUAAAGUCGUGCAUGUUGGGGCCAGGUCGUACGCCAUCGAGGAGAUGCAGGUCUACAAGGAGCCGCAGCCUGUGGAGAGUCUGGUGUUAGUCGGCGACCAGUCACAGAGGACGCUGAUCGUGGGGGCACAGAGCGGGGUGAUUCAGGUGGCCGUGUCCAGCUGCCACAAAUACCGCAGCUGUCUGGAUUGUAUUAUGGGUCGAGACCCUUACUGCGGUUGGGACGGAGAGAGUUGCCAGGAGGUUCAGCUGCAGAAGGACAGAACGGGGUUGAUUCAAGACAUUGUGAACGGGAACAAAGGGUGUUUGAAGAGCAAGGCAUAUGUUCUGAUCAAAACAGUCCCGAAGGAUGUCGACCUCUUCUUGUCGUGCCCGCUGAGUUCCAACACGGCCGCGGUGCUGUGGACAUUUGGCGGGAAAGAUCUCCCCGGCGGCAGCGAGCCACGGUACCAGCUAGACGGCAAAUUGCUGGUGGUGAGACAGGUACAGGCCGGUGAUGCCGGUAGAUACCACUGCCAUGCCCGGGAGAACGGCCUGGUCUACCCAGUGGCUUCCUACGAUGUCCGUGUGGGCCUACGUUUGAUGUCCACCAUCCGGGAGAUCAUCUACCUGUUCCUCAUCGCUGCGCUGGGCGUCGCUACCGUGGUGCUGUCCGUUCUGUGCAUCUACCUCUGCUGUUCAUCAGCCAGGCGGGGUAAGAGCAGAAUACACCUUACAGCCGCCUCGGGUAUGGAGCUGCAGAACGUCGCUGGUUUGGCCGCGGGCAAGGGUGAGGAGGAAGAGGCGGGACGCUACUCCGGAGAGCGGUUCCUGAAGAUAAUCCCCGGGGAAGGGGCGGCCGUGGGGAACCACCUGUCGUCAACAUCCGCCAUGGUGGACCUGCUCCCCCCUCCUCCCCCACCACCGCCGCCCCUCCCGCUGGCUCCCGACCCCGCCACUGCCGGCGCCACCCCCAACGGCCUGGCCGGCCUGCCUCACGUCCUACGCAAGAUGAACGGCAACAGCUACGUGCUGCUGAGGCAGGCCGGGGACGUGGAGACCAUCUCGUCCCACUACCACUCCUUCACCGAGGAACUGAGCAAGAUGCUGGAGAAAAGGAAACACGCCCAGUUGGUGGACAAGCUCGACGAGAGCUCGGUCUGAGAAACAGUGGUGGGGAUGGGGUCGGUGUGGUGGGCUGGUGUGAUGCUCCCAGCCAGAACUCAACACUAUCUACCUCAUUCAGUAUUCAAGGGAGACCCCAGUUACUGCUGCACCCACUCUCUCCCCCCCCCCCACCCCCCUCCCCCAAAAAACAUUUUUACCUCCACAUCCUGAACCCCAAGCAGAAUCUGGAAGCAACAUAUAUUUUCCC